UACAGACACACAGCACACACAUAUGGCACAACACACUAUACACACAGCACAAUACAGCACAGCAUAGCUGUGACCCUAAACUGCCUUAAUUACUUGUGUUUUCGAAGCUCGGAAGACUGUUGGCUUUGUUUUCUGCUUGUGCAAGAUAGUCAAGUUGCUGUGGUUACUGUGGCGUUUUGUAAGAGCCAAUGGGGAGAUCAGAACCAGCCAGUUAGCUCAGAGCAGAGGGCCCUCUGAAGGGAAAGGGGUAGAGUGAUCCAGACACUCUCUUUCUCUCUCACCACUCUAUGUAGCUGGUCAGACUUUUACAUGAGGAUUAAACACGAAGAAUGACCAUCGAUUUGUGAGUCAACAGAAUUGGUUGAAGGACUUUCAAAGCUUUGGAACAUACGGGAAUGCGUGCUAUAUGUAGGAAGGAAGGUAGAUACUUCUUGGAACUACAUGUUUGAAGGUGAGAAGUCGUCAGUGGAAUUCCAACCUUCUCCGCGGUGAAACUUAUUUCUACCAGUCACGUCAUCCAGUGCCUGGAUCUUCCUGGUGUCAGUCUACGAUCUGAGAGAGAGGUGUGUUUCCAUCCACACACCGUCUGAGAGAUGGAUGGACCGACAGGAAAGGGGGAUGAGGCAAACGUGAAGGAGAAGAAAGCGGAGGAGGUGGUGCACCUGAGGAGAACCAUCGGCCUGCUUCCUGCCGUGUCCUUCAUCAUUGGUACAGUGGUCGGCAGUGGCAUCUUCAUCGCACCCAAAGGAGUCCUGAUGAACAGUGGCAGUGUGGGGUUGUCCCUCGUGGUGUGGGGACUGUGUGGGGUCCUCUCCACAUUCGGUGCCCUGUGCUAUGCUGAGCUGGGGACUACAUUCACCAAGUCGGGGGGCCACUACACCUACCUCCUGGAGACCUUGGGGCCCUUACCCGCCUUCCUUCGACUCUGGGCAGAGUUCCUGUUCAUCAGGCCCGCGGUGGCAUCCUACGUGUCUCUGGCGUUCGGGCGCUACGUGGUGGAGCCCUUCUUCGCCCCCUGUGCCGCUCCAACAGCGCUGAUCCAGCUGGUCAGCAUCCUCGGCGUCACGUUUGUGGUGGCAGUCAACUGCUGGAGCGUGACCCUGGCCACUCGAACACAGGUCACAUUGACCUUCAUCAAGAUGUUUGCCCUGGUCCUCAUCAUCGUCCCUGGAAUCAUAGCAUUAGGGAGAGGUCGGACUGAGAACUUCCAGAAUGGCUUUGAGGUUGACACCAUAACCCUGGAUAAGAUUCCAUUGGCUUUCUAUUCAGGGCUCUAUGCUUAUGGUGGCUGGUUCUAUUUGAAUUUUGUCACAGAAGAGGUCAUUAACCCGAAUAAAAACAUCCCGUUGGCCAUCAUCUGCUCCAUGGUGACAGUGACGGUGUGCUACGUGCUGGUGAACGUGGCCUACUACACCAUGAUGACUGCAGAUGAGCUGCUGGUCUCUGAAGCAGUGGCGGUGACAUUUGCCAACCGUGCUCUCCAGGGCAUGGCCUCUGUGGUGCCUGUGCUUGUGGCUGUGUCCUGCCUAGGAGCGCUCAAUGGGGGCUUCUUUGGAGCACCCAGGAUGCUGUUUGUUGGGGCCAGAGAAGGCCACUGGCCUGUCCUGUUUUCUAUGAUCCACAUCCGUAGACAGACACCACUCCCUGCCGUGUUGCUGCUGUACCCCUUGGUUAUCAUGAUGGUGGCCAGAGGAGAGAUCUUCCAGCUCAUCAACUUUGCCUCCUUUUCCCGUUGGUUCUUCAUCGCCUUGGCAACCAUGGGAAUGCUCAUCCAUCGCUACCGCUUCCCACACCACCCCAGACCCUUUAAGGUGCCCCUGGUCAUUGCAGUGUCCUUCACUGUGGUGUGCUUCUUCAUCGUGGGGCUGUCCCUGUACUCAGACCCCUGGAACACAGGGUGCAGCUGUGCCCUCACCCUGUCAGGGGUCCCAGUCUACUACCUGACCAUCCACAGCUCACGUCUACCCCCAAGACUGAGGCGCACCUACAACUUCUGCAGCAAACAGCUGCAGAUCCUGCUGGAGGUGGCUCAGCAGGAGGUGAAGACCUACUGAACAUCCUGACCUCACCUCCCUUCACACACACAGCUUGCUGCUCCUAUCCCAUAUUCAAGUCAUAUUCAAGUACUAGGACCCAUCACAAACUCUCUGUUCAACGACGAUACAAGAAACAAGUAGAGCAACUCCCCCCCCCCCCC